GCGCCGUGAUGGCGGGUACCCGCAAGCCCUCCGUGAGAUAACUUCGAUAUUAUCAACUAAUUAACUAAUAUCAACUAAUUAAUUAUAAACUAAUUAAUUGUACUGAAUGAGUUUAGUCCACGGUGGAGCUAUUAGGUUUGUUGUAGUUAGGUUUAUUAGGUUGUGGUUUCGUUGGCUAAGUUGUGGUUAAGUUUGCUAGGUUGUAACUAGCCAAGAUGACUAUCAGUUACACUGCUCAAGUGGCGACCAGCAGCCGUGGCUUCGGCUGCUUCUGGAAGCUUCUGUUCAGAUGGCAGGGCAGUAUCUACAAGCUGGUGUGGCACGAGCUCGUCAUCUACUGCCUCGCCUACACCACCAUCUCCCUCAUCUACCGCCUCGCCCUCGACGACCCUCAGAGGAGGCAGUUCGAGGCGGUUGCCCUACACAUCGAGGCCUUCAUCAACCUCAUCCCGAUGGCGUUCGUGUUGGGCUUCUACGUCAGCAUCGUCAUCAAAAGAUGGUGGGACCAAUACAUCACCAUCCCCUGGCCCGACACUAUCGCUGUCUUCGUAUCCACUAACGUACACGGCCAG